UGAAGCUUGUAUGGAGGAAAUGGAGGAACAGUAGCGGAGCACCGUGGACUGUGAAUGCGUGUGACAGUGAGUGUCGACCGGGGCGGCAGCAGCAGCAGCAGCAGCCAUGGUUCAGACGUGCUCAGCGUACGGCUGUAAGAACCGCUACCACAAAGAGAAAGACAUCUCCUUCCACAAGUUUCCCCUGGCACGUCCGGACAUUUGUUGUAAAUGGGUGGCGGCGAUGAGGAGGAACAACUUCAAGCCGACAAAGUACAGCAACAUCUGCUCUCAGCACUUCACCAAAGACUGCUUCAAGAUAGAGUGCAACAACCGAGUGCUGAAGGAGAGCGCCGUGCCGUCGCUGUUUACCUUCAACCUCAGCAUCAAGGCGGAAUCCUUGGAGGAUGCCUUCCCCUCAGAAAUCCACUUCCCUCUCGCUCUGCCUUUGACAUCUGACCCGGUGGAGGAAGAGGAAGAGGAGUCCGAGCCCGGCAGGAGCUGCCUGCCCGACACCCGUUGCGACACGGCGUCGGUCUCCUGUGAUCACAAUUACACGGUGGAGGACUCGGCGCGGCAGAAGAAGCGCAUCGAGCAGCUGGAGGAGCAGCUGGAGCGACUGAGGAAGACACUGAAGACCACUCAGCAGAAGUGUCGGCGGCAGGAGAGGCAGCUCAAGAGGUUGAAGGCGACAUGUGAGGCGCCCAGGACUGUCCGCGAGCUGCCGGCGGCAUUCGGCGAGGGGUACGUGAUUUUACCGAAACACAUCUACCACACACUGAAAGGCAUCGAGUAACGAGGACGACGAAAAGGACGGACGGGUGUGAACAAGUCUCAGAUCUGUGAACAGCAGCCAGGCAGACUGUUGAAGAGCUGCUGAGCAAGACAGCGAACCUCAAGAUGAGAGCCAAAGGACUCCAUUGUCCAUGAACACCAAUGCAAAGACGUAAAAACUCCAGCAAACUGCAACAUACAUCAUUUUCUUCUAGUGUUUUCUGUUUGGACUGCAGUGAAACGACUUGAAGGGAACUCACUAUAAAUGAAUAGUUCAACAUUUUAGGUUUGGUUUUAGAGUUUUAUGCUGAAACUAAUUCUUGCCGAGCAACAGCGAGGUGACUCCCUGCAGAUGUUGCAGAGGUGCCAGCCAAAUGAACAAACAGUUGUUCAUCAAAAAAAUUGUUCCAUAUCUGUGUAAAUGAAACAAAUAAGAUAUAACUGUGGUGUAAUUAGUGAGAUUUAUAGUUUGUCAGUAGAUGUAUUUUUGAAUCAGAGCCAGACCAGCUGUUUCCUCCUGCUUCCAGUCUUAAGACACAUGACAUAAGAAUAAGAAAGCGUUUGGCAAAAUGUUGAACUGUAACCUGGCCUAUUUAUAUUUGUCUUAAAAGGAA